UUGCGCUUCCGCGCGGGCCGGGGAGUACCGCGGCGAGGAGGGACGGAGGUCGCUGUGCCCUCGCGGCUGUCUCUGCACAGCCGUCGAAGGCUUUUACUCGUCUGCGCCGCGAUCGCUGCCCUGAGGAGAUACAGACCACUGGAGAAGACAGAAAAACAAAAACAGAAACUGGAGACAUUCACAGUGCUUGCAAUUGUAUGCCAGCUGAACCAACAUCACAUUCGUCAGUGGAAAACUACGGCUAGUAAUACCUGGAGCACACAGCAAAGGAGAUACAGUAUUCUCGUAAGAAGAGAGAUGGCAGAAAUCAGUUCUCCAGUAAAUAUCAAGGAGAAGAUCAAUGCAAUCCGAUCAGUUGUUCCAAACAAAAGCAAUAAUGAAAUAGUUCUGGUGCUGCAGCAGUUUGAUAACAAUGUAGACAAGGCUGUCCAGGCUUUCAUAGAUGGUAGCGCAACUCAGGUUCUGAAAGAAUGGAAUAUGACAGGGAAAAAGAAGAAUAAUAGGAGAAAAAGAAGCAAAUCUAAACAGCACCAAGGCAACAAGGAUGCUAAAAAUAAGAGUGAUGGGCCUGAGAAGGCAUCUCAAGAGCCCCAGAGACUACCUGUCUGCCAUCUGAAUGGAUGCUCUAAGGACAACCAUAGUGGUGAUUCUGCCAAUGAGAAACUGGAAGCCACUUCUCUGGAGAACAAAAGCUCACGAUUUGUAGCAUCAGCACUAGGCUGUCCAGAAACCACAGGCAAAGAACGUGAGCGUCACAGAGUGUCUGUGGAGUUAAGCCCAAAGACUGUGAAUGGAGUAGAACAGCACGAGCCUCUUCAGUCAUCAGCUCAAUUCCAGGGUAACCUAGGCAGGCCAAAGUCAAAAUCUUCCUCAGUUAAAUCAUCCAAUGCUACAAGCCAACUUGAAACAAAAGCAGAUGAUUCAGUGAAAAAAAGAGGGCCAAACAUUGAAAAAUCAGUAAAAGACUUACAGCGUUGCACCGUUUCUCUAACUAGAUAUCGUAUGAUGAUCAAAGAGGAAGUAGAUAAUUCAGUGAAGAAGAUCAAAGCUGCUUUUGCAGAAUUACACAGCUGGUAGGUAACUCAGCUUAAGGUCCCUCAGCACCACCUAAGAGUAAGGGACUCAUGCAGGCCAUUGGCAUUGGUGGUCUUACACUCUGUUUAUUUGUUCUUGUCAAAAAAAGAUGUAGUGUAAUUGGGAAACUCCUCAGCAAUAAGAAUAUAAUAUGUGCGUAUCUGCAUGUUUGUGUACGUACAUAAAGGGGAACGAAACUGCAGUACUUAGGAAAAAAUAAAACCUAGUGGGAUUUUUUUCCAGAGCAGACCAUCUUCAUCUAAUUCUUUCAUAUCAAGUUCAGAGGCAGUAUAACUGAGCAAGUGAAAGCUUUCCCCAAAAUUCUGUCCUUACAGCAUAUUCUGUAGUUUCUGUUUUCUGCUUUAAGAUGUGGAGAAAGAAGAAAUUCAAUCUUAUCUCCUUUGGCACCAUGUCCUUUGCUCUCUCUACAUUUCUCAUACUCUUUGCUUCUUAUCCCACCAUUCUCCUUUUAUUUUCUUCUCAUUGUUUCUUCUUACUCUUCUCACUUAUUUCCAGUUCUCAUCUCUAUUUCGUUCUUUUUCCUCAUUCCUUUAUUGCCUACUCUUUUCUACUUUUUUUUUUUCCAUUACAAUUUUGCUCUUUCCUGAUCUUCAGCAUACAUGUUCUGACCCUUUGAAAAUUUGUAGCUGUCACAAGUGCUUCUAUUGCAAGUUUCACGUUGCUAUAUAUAACUUA